AUGUCUGUGAGAGGAAGGGCAGGCUGCAGUCGAAUUUGGCCGUGCGUAUUGAACCAUCAGGAGCGACGACGGCUUUUCUACUACUGGGUGAUCCUGAAGGCGCGUUUGCAUCGAAUGGCUGCGGAAGUCACGCCCCUCGUCGAGACAAGCGGGAAGGAAAACUAUGAACGCAAAAUCUGGCGCCAGCGCAGGCAAUUAUCGAUAUGGGCCAUGGAAAGCUUGCCAAAGAAGUACGAAUCGUUGUCAAGCAGGUUCCACAAAGACGCAGCGCUUAGCGACUAUUCGGGUCUCAUGGAUAACUUCCCGGAUGAGCUUUUCAUGGUCCAUAUCAAUGUCAUCUACACCGCAGUUUUAUUAGGCAUCUUCGAGUCAGCACAGCAGUGGUCGAGUAAUUUCCUUCCCACAAACGACUUAGACAGAAAGACCUUGGACUGGCAGGCCUCCAUUAACACAUACGCAGAAAGAACGACUGUUCAACGAAACAAAUCCAGCCCCUCACUGGCUCAUUCACCCUCAACACACGAAGCAAAGCACAGGCAACGCAAACUCAAGGUUAUUGUGCACCUGCACCCUCAAUUAGUUCAGUAA